CCUACACAUACAGAGCUUAACACAAGUUCAGAAAUGGAGGACUUGCAAUAUAAUCCCAUUCUUGUCACACUUGUUUUCUCUCUCAUCUCAAUUUUGUCUCUUAACCUCAUCUUCCACAAAUCCUCCACCAAAAGAAACCCACCCCCAUCACCCCCAAAGCUGCCGAUAAUCGGCAACCUCCACCAACUCAGCUCACUCCCCCACCGCUCUCUCCACUCCCUCGCCCAAAAACACGGCCCCGUCAUGCUCCUCCACUUGGGAUCCGUCCCCGUCCUCGUCGUCUCCUCGGCCGACGCAGCCCGGGAAGUCAUGAAAACCCAUGAUAUCGCCUUCGCAAGCCGACCCACUUUCAAGGCCUCGAAGAAGCUGCUGUACAACUGCAAAGACGUGGGGUCCGCACCCUAUGGUGAGUACUGGAGAAAGAUAAAGAGCAUCUUCGUCCUUCAGCUGCUCAGCAAUAAAAGGGUUCAAUCCUUCCGAUGGAUCAGAGAGGAAGAAACGGCCCUUCUUGUGAACAAGGUUCGACAAGCUUCAGGAGCUGUGGAUUUAAGCGCCAUGUUUGCUACUUUUACGAAUGAUGGGAUUGCUAGAGCGGCCUUUGGGAAAAAGUACAGUGAGUCUGAAAAUGGGAACAAGUUUCUCCGUGUGAUGACGGAUUUGAUGGAGUUUCUAGGGGUUAUUAAUAUUGGUGAUUUUAUGCCGUGGCUUGAUUGGAUUGGCUGUCUUAAUGGUUUUUACAACAGACUGGAUAACACAGCCAAACAGAUGGACGAUGUUUUGGAGUGUUUGAUUCAAGAACAUCUCGAUCCAAACGACCAGCAUUCACCUGAUUUUGUCGACAUUUUAAUCCAAAUUUGCCACGAGGAUGCCUCCAUUCAACGUGAUAGCAUCAAACCAUUGCUUUUGGAUGUAUUUGUAGGUGGAACUGAUACAAUAUCCACAGCUCUGGAAUGGGUGAUGUCGGAACUCUUACAAAACCCAAGAGUGAUGGAGAAGCUGCAAUUCGAGGUACGAGGAAUCACAAAGCAGAACCAAGAGAUACGAGAUGGUGAUAUAGAGAAAAUGUAUUAUCUCAAGGCUGUGAUCAAGGAAGCCAUGCGUUGCCACCCACCCUUCCCAUUACUCGGGCCUCGAAUCGCGAGGGAAGACGUGCGAGUCAAAGGCUACGACGUUGCAGCCGGAACAAUGGUGAUGAUCAAUGGGUGGGCCAUUGGGCGGGAUCCCGCCUCCUGGGACGAACCAGACAAGUUUAUUCCUGAAAGAUUCUUGAAUUCUUCGAUUGACUUGAGAGGCCAGGAUUUCGAGCUUAUCCCCUUUGGGGCAGGGCGAAGGGGGUGCCCCGGGAUCACAUUCUCUAUUGUUGCUAUAGAGAUUGUGAUAGCAAAUUUGGUGCACAAGUUUGAUUGGAAAUUACCUAAUGGGGAAGAUUUGGACAUGAAUGAGAUACCUGGGAUGGCAGCACAUAGAGUUGUUCCACUUCUUGCACUUGCCUCUCCGAUUAGUGAAUAGUAGUAUAAUUCGGAAGGCCUAGCUCUAUCAAUAAGUUUCAGUUUUAUAGAUUAUAUACUUCAUGUGAGUGCAUAUUAAGUUUGUGUACGUGGUUUAUAUAUGUAGUUUUUUAGAUCUAUCUAUGUAUAUAGUACUUGUCUAUAGUUAUGUUUAA